AUGGCUUCUCGGUUCUUUCCCUCGCGCCGAACGGGCUUUGCUAUUGCUGCAGGAUGUCUGUUGUUUUCGGCCUUAGCUGCAGCUAAUGCUGGACCCGGAGAUCUCUCCGUGAGCCAGAUUGAAGACCAAUUGCAGAGCUGCCCGCUAGUUGAAUCUCUUAAUGAGCAUAAGCGUGCCAUCCGCCCGGAAACUGCUAGCCUGACUUCGAAGAUCUUCGCUGUUCUCUUCCCCAGCAGUCCCGCUAUCAACGCGCUUCUGGCAACCUUGUAUAUUUCUGGUCCUCCUAACUUCCUCCUCGCACUAUGUCCACCAAACAUCGACCCCUCCUCUUUGUCCGUCAUGGUAGCCUUCGCCGUCGGCGGCCUGCUGGGUGACACCCUUUUCCAUCUCCUGCCAGAGAUCUUCGUCGGUGAAGACUCCCCCGACCAUGUCAGCUUUGUCAUGGUCGAGCCGAACAAGAACCUCCUGCUCGGCCUCGGCAUUAUGGUCGGCUUCUUCACCUUUGUAGCAAUGGACAAGAUUCUGCGCAUCGCGACAGGUGGCGAGGGUCACGACCAUGUUCACGGCCAUACACACGCCGAGAAAUCUACCGCAACUACCACCAGUGCCGAUUCCAAGAACAAGUCCAAUGGUGAGCUAAAGCAGCGCAAAUCGGUCGCCAAGGAAUCGUCUUCUUCGUCUGAUGCCACCCCAGAGAAGGAGAUAAACCCUAGCGUCAAGCUCGGUGGCUACUUGAACCUCAUUGCUGAUUUCACACACAACAUCACUGACGGUCUUGCACUCUCCUCUUCCUUCUAUGCCUCACCAACUAUUGGUGCGACCACCACCGUUGCCGUGUUCUUCCACGAAAUCCCCCACGAAGUCGGUGACUUUGCUCUGCUUAUCCAGUCUGGUUUCUCCAAGCGCAAGGCUAUGGGCGCCCAAUUUGUUACUGCUAUUGGUGCGUUCUUGGGUACCCUUAUUGGAAUUGCUGUGCAGGAGUUCGGUGGUAACGGAACCAUCUUAACUGAUGGCCCUGCUGUUGGUCUUAUGGGAACUAGCCUUACCUGGGGUGAUAUGCUUCUACCAUUCACUGCUGGUACAUUCCUGUAUGUCGGCACUGUGGCUGUCAUUCCUGAGCUGCUAGAGACCGGCAAGGACAAGGGUGUUGAGGUGCGGAAGACUAUUACCCAGUUUUUGGCUGUUGCCCUGGGUGCAGGUAUCAUGCUUGCCAUUUCUUGGGAUUAA